CAAACAUUCCUGUUGCAAUCGCCUUUCGAGCAGGAUUACCAUCUCAGUUAUCUUAACGAAAAAGGAUACUUUCCCCUAAAGGAUACUCAAAGCCAACAUGUUCACCAAGUCAAUGCUGAGCUUCUCCCUGGUCGUGGCCCUCUUCGUUGUCUGCCACGCCAGUCCCGUUCCGGAUAAUAAUGGCCGGAGUGGUUCGCAAGAAAGUAUAGGUCGCUAUCAUCACAUGCCGAUUCCCUACAGACAUGUGAGCGAUCAGCGUGAGCUUGGAAAAUACCAUCACAUUCCCUAUCCCUAUGACGGAGGCUAUGGACCCUACGCUGGUUCGAAUAUUCCCUAUGUCCAUGACGACAGGCCUUACAACCACGACCUGUACACAGUAAGUAACGCCGAGUUUAAAGUACCAGAAAUCCCCUUGGAGUACGGCUUCCCCGAUCAUGAACCCCAUCACCAACCGAGCACACAGUACUAAGAACCCACCAGAUCCCACCAGAAUCCCCCGAAUUCCAACAUCCGGCCAACACAGCGAAAUCUACCCCCAAAAACCAAUCCCGAACCCCCCUGCUUUCAUAACCAAUCCAAGCAAAAAUGCGAAUGUUUCUCGGCUACGCAACAAAAUCAACCAUUCCGCGCUACAUGACACCCCACAUUCGGUAUCCCGCAUGACCCCCAAAAAGAUCCUUUGCCACCAAACACCAUGCCACACAAUCGCAUGCACACACGCCCGAUCAAAAACACCCAAGCCAAUGAUCACAACACCACUCGCAGAGCACGACCACCAAGAAACCAACCACGACCACCAAAAGGACGACAACCUCGACCACCACCACCACCACCACGCCCCGCAAUAUUCUGUUCAACUACGAUGAUGAGGGUCGCCACAAGAUCCUGCACAAGGAAGAGGUCCGCAAACAGGACAAAUACGAUCACUCUUACCUGACUGAGAAUGGAAUCUAUGGCGAGGAGCAGGCCAAGCUUCACCACACCGGAGGCACACAUGCCAAGGGAUUCUAUGAGUACACCGGUGACGAUGGCAAGCUUUAUCGCGUAAACUACGCCUCCAACGAUGGCGGCUUCAUGCCCCAGGGAGACCACAUUCACCCGAUCCCCGAUGCCAUUGUCCGUGCCCUCAAGUACGUGGAGGAGCAGCACAAGAUCAACGGUGGGGCUCAGUUCGACCAUCGCGGCUUCCGCAUCAAUCACAUGACCAAGGACCUUAAGGCGCAGAUCAAGGCGAUCCAUCUGGAGGAGAUGCCCAAGGAGCUGACCGAGCAGAUCCAUAUGCUGGAGCACGAGGUGGAGCUCGCCGAGGAGGAGGAGCGCGAGGAGCAGGCCGCAUUGGAGCGACUCCGCCAGGCAGCAAAGUCCCACUAAGUGUCGAGCCUGAGCUGCCCUCAUUCACAGCCAUAUGUUCCCGCUACCCAAGCCCCCAAAAACAGUCCUAGUCCCAACUCCAACAUCCAACUCCAUUCCCCAUGCAUUUGCCGAGUGAUCAACGGGCAAAACCUAUAACAAGCCAUCGCAAUACCGAAAAAAAUCCACAAAAAAAGCAAAAGGAAGGUGAAGAUGUCAACAUAUCGAGUGGCAACCGGAGAAUAUUCGCACAUAAGUCCGAUCCCAUGUUAUUUCGUAUUUAUUUAUCUGUCGAACUGUCGAAUUUGACGAUGUUGCUAUGCAUAAGAUAAUUAAUUUGUUAUUAUCGUAUAUCGAAAUAAAACCUACUAAAUAUUUGUUAU